AUGUUUAACUUACAAACAGGACCGAAAGAAGUAUUUCCAUAUAACUACUACAGCAGUGUUUUGUUAGCAAAUGACAACAGAACUGGUGUCAUUUCUGAAGCAUGUAAGUUUAUCCAUGAUGCAGAUACAUUUAUGAAAAACAUAGAUUCCAUCAAAGGUUGCAGAAUAGAUGAAAACCACUUCGACUUAGAAAAAUAUAGCACGUUUUACUGCAAACAAGAUGUAAGAAUUUUAAGAGAAGGUUUUGUAAAGUUCCGCAAUGACUUAUUGAAAGAGUUUGAUUUAAACGUUUAUGACUACGUUAGUAUUUGUUCUAUUGCUAACAAAUUGUUUGAGAACAGAGUAUACUUCCCGAAUGGAAAUCUUUAUGACCUCUCAAAUAAACCAAGAGAAUUUAUUUCGAGAUGCAUUCAAGGUGGAAGAUGUAUGUUGUCAGAUAACAUGAAACAAAAGAGCAAAAAGAAACUCAUUGCUGACUUAGACACUAUUUCAUUAUAUCCUUCAGCUAUAGCAAGACUUUAUACUUUAGAAGGAAUUCCAAAAGUAUUGAAGGAAGAAAUGUUAAGCACAGA